GUGGCAGGGCAUCGGACGGACGGAUAAGCUGGGUUGGCCGCAGCGGUGUUAGCUGGACAGAGGCAGGAUUUUCCUAGGGAGAAUCUUCAGUCAGUUUGCUGACAGCCAAGGAUGGCGAGCAAGGGGCCCUCAGCCUCUGCCUCCCCUGAGAACUCCAGUGCAGGGGGACCCAGCGGUAGCAGCAAUGGUGCUGGCGAGAGUGGAGGGCAGGACAGCACCUUCGAGUGCAACAUCUGCCUGGACACAGCCAAGGACGCUGUCAUCAGCCUGUGUGGCCACCUCUUCUGUUGGCCAUGUUUACAUCAGUGGUUGGAGACCAGACCUAACAGACAAGUGUGUCCAGUUUGCAAAGCCGGCAUCAGCCGAGAUAAAGUGAUCCCGCUCUAUGGCAGGGGCAGCACUGGGCAGCAGGACCCCAGAGAGAAGACCCCUCCCCGUCCUCAAGGACAGAGGCCAGAGCCAGAGAACAGAGGGGGAUUUCAAGGAUUUGGAUUUGGAGAUGGUGGCUUCCAGAUGUCUUUUGGAAUUGGGGCAUUUCCUUUUGGGAUAUUUGCCACAGCAUUUAACAUAAAUGAUGGGCGGCCUCCUCCAGCUGUCCCUGGAACACCCCAGUAUGUGGAUGAGCAGUUCCUGUCACGCCUCUUCCUGUUUGUGGCCCUAGUGAUCAUGUUCUGGCUCCUGAUUGCCUAAUGCUGGGCUCCCAGCCUACAUCCAUGGCAGGGCCUCUGGACUGGUGACAUGCCACACCCACUCUCGAUGUUUGGCUUCCUGGCUAAUCCUGACCCCUGGAAUCGGUGGCGUCAGUAACACAUCAAGGAGUUUUGCUUCUCCAUCAGAGCGUAGGGACUCAAGACCAGUUGUCAAGGACUUCAGAGUAUGGCCACUGCUGUAAACACCCUGCUAUAACCUCAGUCCUUGGCAUUGAAUCAUCUCUCAUGAGUUACACCCUCCAGUCCUGUUCCAGCCAGCUCAGCAGGUCCUGACUCUGCACAAGGAAGAGGCAGGAAGAGAGAAACUGUCAGUACAAUUUCACCUGAGUUUGAUACUAGGAAAACAAAGGGAUGAACCAAAUAGAAACUUUGUUUCAUCUCUUUAAAUACCCCUUGGUAAGUGGCCUCCCCAAAUCAGUGGACUCCUCAUAUAGAGGUUCCCCCCCAUAUUCCACUGCUCCUCUGCCCUAUCUCCUCCUCCUGAGUAGAAAUGCAAGAAAUUGCUGUUCUGUGACGAUCAUAAUUGCAGCAGCUAAAGCUGGACUCAUUUCAUGAAUUAAUCAGAGAUCCAAAGAUCUUGUAUUGGCUCUGAGCCAUGCCCAGUCUCUUUGGCUCCAGAGAGUGGCUUGAAUGAUCUCCUGGUUUCUUGGAGUAGAUUAUCCCCAGAGACAUGUGGCUUUAGUCACAGAUUUCCCAUCAUCUUUCCCUCCCAAAGUAUGCACAUCUGCCAGAGGACCCACAGUGGAGACUACUGUUGAAGCUGGGACCGACUGCUGCUCAUUAGGAAAGACCUGCCAGUGGGACUCUGGUGGGAUUUGGAGCUCUGCUGCAGGAACAGCUGAACAAGCAGCCCUGUCCCCAAGGCUACAGAAGCUCUGGGUGCAUCCAGUGGAAUGCUUUGUCAAGUCAGCUCAGCUGCAUGUUGAAGACCAUCUUCCCAGAAGCCAGAUUGUCCUUUAUGAAGGAGGCAGGAAUGGGGAGACCCACAUGUGACCCUGGUUUUGGUAUGGUUUGGGUGGAUACCCCUGAAAACUCCUUGCAUGUGUGCUAAAGCCAGAGAAGCAUGAAACUGCGGAGCAGGCAACUCCUGAUGAUUUCUAAAGCCAAGCAGCAGGGCUUAAGAAGCUUGGCAUGAUGAUAUGGUGUGGUCUUCCCCAGGAAAUUUCCAGGGGGAAUCACCUUCCCAAGCCCUUGACUUGUUUUUUUCCAUUUCAUAAUUUUUUUCCUCAGAAUCUGAUUGAGGGAGUGAUUCCAGGCAGGAGGACAGUUUAAUUGUAGA